AGGAGCACAGAAACUACUUCUACUACUACUACUACUACUACUACUACUACUACUACUCUCACACAGUGAGACUGACUGAUCUUCACUGAAAACAUGAACAGCAAAGAGUCUCAGUCUGAAUUCCAACUGCAGAUACAAAAGGAGGUCCGGAUUGUUCUGGUCGGGAAGACUGGAGCUGGGAAAAGUGCAACAGGAAACACCAUUGUGGGGACAAACACUUUCAAAUCAAUGUUUUCUUUGACUUCUCUGACAAAAAACUGUGACAAGAGAAGAGGGAAGGUGGGUGAGCAAAGUGUAGCUGUUAUUGACACCCCAGGGUUGUUUGAUACUACAUUGUCCAAUGAGGAGUCACUGAAAAGGAUUGCUAAAUGCAUCUCUUUCUCUGCACCUGGUCCCAAUGUGUUCCUGGUUGUGAUCAAGCUGGCAAGAUUCACUAAAGAGGAAAAGGAAACUGUGGAGAUAAUUCAAAGGUUCUUUGGUGAUGAAGCAUCAAGAUACAGCAUGGUUCUCUUCACACAUGGAGAAGUUCUUGGUGAUGAUGAUAAUGCUGGUGCAACAAUUCAAAAGGCCCUGCAUGAAAAUCCAGAUCUGAACAGUUUACUUUCCCAAUGCAAAGGGGGAUAUCAUGUCUUUAACAACAAUGAUAAGAAUCCCUCCCAGGUCACUGAGCUGCUUGAGAAGAUAAACAAUAUGAUGAAGAUGAAUGGAGGAAGCCACUACACCACUGAGAUGUUCCAGGAGGCUGAGAGAGCGAUUGAAGAGGAGAAGAACAGGAUCCUGAAAGAGAAUGAAGAGAAGAUACGCAGAGAAGAGGAGAAACUGAAGGAAGACAAAAUUAAACAAGAGGCCCGGGAGAAAGCGCUUAAAGAGGAGAAUGAGAGGAUCCUGAAAGAGAAUGACGAGCAGAAACACAGACAUGAGGAGGAACUGAAGAAAAUGAAAAAAGAAGCUCAGGAGAAAGCGAUUAAAGAGGAGAAGAAGAGAAUCCAGAGAGAGAAGGAAGAGCAGAGACUCAGGGAGGAGGAACUGGAGAAACUGAAACUGGAAAAAGAGGCUAAAGAUAAAGAAAUAAAGGAGGUGAGAGAAAAACAUGAAAGGGAGGCAAGAGAGAGAGCUGAAGGAGAAAAUAGCUUUAUAGAUGGUUUUCUUAAAAGAGUUGUUGAACCAGUGGUGAAAGCAGUACAAGGUGCUUGCGGCAUACAAUGAACAUCUGAAACAAUGCUGUUCGAGAGUCCCAAGCUUAGUCACAUUGAAUGUAAUUACAAUUGUAUUGAAUUGCAUUGAAUGCAUCUACAGACAGUGUACUCUGUUGCCAUUCUAAUGUUAUAGUCUGUAACUGUAGACCCAUUGACUUCUAUAGAUGUAUAUUCUAUAGCUUACAUAAAUCUCUAUGACAUUUAACCUGGCUCUGCUGUGUCUGUGAUUGUUUCCAUUUAUGUCAAUAGUAAACAUUAUGUAAUGAGAAUUUAGACAAAUGCCAGCUACAAUAGAUUACAUUCAAUGUUUUCAUUUAUAUUCAAUGAGGAUAUUUUCUUAAAAUAACACAAAUAAUCAUCAUGACAGUUUAUUAAAUCUGGUAAUUAGCUACAUACGUGAUUUCAGGGUAGUUUUCCU